AAUGGAAACUUUUCAUAAUGAAUAAUUCCUUACUUAUGCUUAAAAGGGUUCUUUAGAAGAGAUAAAAAGAGCCAUAGUUUAAGGGAAUGUUGAUAUCAAUUAUCAAGAUAAAGAAGGUAUUUAGUUAAAUUAGAUUUUAAGGAAAUACUGCUAUGUUCUUGGCUAUUAUGCACAAUCAUUUGGAAAUUGUUAGAUUUCUAAUUUAGAAUGAUGCAUCUUUGGAAGUGUAUAAUGCAUAAGGAUCAGGACCAUUACAUUUGGCAGCUGAGAAAAUGAAUAAAGAAAUUGUUUUAUUACUUGUUAUUAAUUAAGCUGAUCCAAAUUUAAAGAACCAAUCAGGAUAAAGGUAAUUUAAUAAUAAUAUAAAUAAUUUAGACCUGGAGAUGGAAUCACAGAAAUCAGAACACUUAUUAAUAAUUUAACAGCAGAAAGUAAAGCCUUUAAUGUUUUAAAAUAAUCUUAAAAAUAAAAACUAUAAGCAAUUUUUGAGGAUAUUGAUUAUGAUAAUUCUAAAUACAUAGAUCAUGCUAAGGCAGUGAAAUUUAAUAAAUAUAUUGAAGAUACUAUUACUGAUAAUUAAGCUGAAAAAGAUGCUAAGGAUUUCAUUAAAUCAGUUGCAUUAUGCAAUCCUGAAAGAGGAGUACAUUAACAUAUGUAAUAAUCUUUAUUUAGGUCAAUAUUGAUGAAUGGCUUUAUAGUUUUUCUAAACUUUUAGUUGUAGAUCCAGCUGCCUUUGAUAAGUUUAUUGAAGAUUAUGAUAAAUAAGUUGAGAAGAAAUAAAAAUUAAGACACUAAAUGCAAGAUUGAA